ACUGCUCGCCCACCCAAUUGCUCUGUGCUGCAAAUUCCCUCUUCUCCCUUAGGCAGUCUUUGUGUUUCUUCUUCGCACAUUUUCCCUUUACAAUGACGCCAUCACCUUCAGAAGCCGUAGCGAAAGUUGCGCAAGCGGCGUCGGGCACCGACUCGUCGGCCAAGGUAUACAAGAGGGAGUCCAACACAGCCAGAGUUCUGGGUGCAGGAUGUGCGGGAAUUGCAGAGCUCAUGGUGUUCCACCCAGUCGAUACUACAGCGAAGCGAUUGAUGAGCAACAUUGGCAAGAUUGAAUCCGCCUCACAUCUCAACAAGGUCGUCUUCAGGGACAUGGCCUCCGCCUCCGUGUCCAGUCGAUUCCUGUCUCUGUUCCCCGGUCUCGGAUACGCCGCUGCAUACAAGGUACUCCAACGAGUGUACAAGUUUGGUGGCCAGCCUUUCGUCAGGGACUACCUCGCGCAGAAUCACGGUGGCAGCUUUGACCGUACGUUUGGUAAGGGCAACGGCAAGGCGAUCAUGCACGCGACUGCAGGUUCGAUCAUUGGUAUUGGUGAAAUUGUCCUGCUUCCGUUGGACGUGCUCAAGAUCAAGCGACAAACAAACCCAGAGGCUUUCCGGGGUCGAGGACUUGUUAAGAUUGUCUCUGACGAGGGCUUUGGACUUUACCGUGGUUGGGGAUGGACGGCAGCACGUAACGCGCCUGGCUCGUUUGCGCUGUUUGGUGGUUCGGCGGUUGCCAAGGAGUACCUCUACAAGCUUUCGGACUACAACUCUGCGUCGUGGAUGCAAAACUUUGUCGCAUCCAUCGCAGGUGCUAGCGCUUCGCUAGUAGUGUCUGCUCCUCUGGACGUGAUCAAGACGCGCAUCCAGAACAGGAACUUUGAGAACCCAGAGAGCGGCUUCAGGAUCGUAUCCAACAUGAUCAAGCACGAAGGCUUCACUUCCUUCUUCAAGGGACUCACGCCCAAGCUGCUCAUGACGGGGCCUAAGCUCGUAUUCUCCUUCUGGUUGGCGCAAACGCUGAUACCCGCGUUUGGCAAGAUAAUGUAAUUUGUAAGCUGGCCGUGAUCUGAUGUCUGUACUAUAUGGGAAGCGCGGGGCUUUGGUUGCCUGGGACGGACAGACUGGGCUGCGUCGAAUGUAACGACGUACGGUAGACCGCGCACUUUUGCAAGCGAACUAUACAUUCUCCAUUCUUUC